AUGAAGGCCGGUCCAGUUAUAGGGCCCUUCGUUUUUUCCUUUUAUAUGUUACAAAGCGUUUUUCAGUAUUUUAAAGGAAAAUGUAGUGGAAAAAGGUAAGAAAGUAUCUUCUCGCUUUUCUUUUGAAGACAAAGAAUCCUUUUUUCGCGAUUAGAGUUAAAAGCAGUUUCAAGGCCAACUGAGACGAGGCGCCUGUUGAUCAGUUUCAAUAAAAGGAUAAUGUAACGAGGACAAGCUACUAAAACGAUUAAACAGAAGAAGGAGAACUAUUCCUGAAGCAGUAUUUAGAAACUUGUAUUUUGGGUCAAAAAGAUCGUGCAACUUUCGGUAAUUUUUUACUUUUUGGUAUUUACUGUAAGUUGUCUGUUUUCGAAAACAAAAAAAAAUCGUCCAUGGUAACCGUUUGUAAUAAUCUUGGUGCUGACCUAAAGGAACGCAGUGUUUGUGAGAGCCUGCCUUCACUUUGGUCAGCAGCUGAGAUGCAGACUCGUUCCCAGUCGUCGGAAGAUCGCGCUCCGUUCCAAGGCUCCUCGUUUUAUUUGGAUAGCGCGAACUGACUUGGUGACGAGGCUAGCUGGGGCGUGAAACAGGAGUGCGCGCGCGUGCUGCCUCACGCAAGCAAAUAACUGAUAACCGAAUUAAAUUUUCCAGUGUUUUUACUUUGUCAGUGAGAUUACAAGACAUUUCUAGUGCAUCAAGUUUUGUAUUCGAAACUUAAAGCUAUUUUAGAUGAAAUAUGAUCUGUAGCUGAUUGUGUUGUGUCUAUUUUUAUUAUCAGAGAAGUUGCAACCGGUGAAAUUAAAAUUCCAGAAUUAACGGAAAAAGGGCCAGUGAAAAUAGAACAGGAAAGUCAAAAAGUAAGCUUAUGUUUACUGCAUGUUAGGAACAACCCACUUUAAGUUAUUCUUGCAAACAAGUUUUUGUGCCAUUCAUUAACUCCCUUAUUGGAUUAUUGACUGUGUGUGGGCCUGUCUGCAAUAAGGCUUAGAAACACUGAUUUUUUUCUUUAAUAUUUAUGAGGUUUUUGGAACUUGACGGUCCAUGUAAACAAAUAACGCGCCAGAAAGUAAAUAAAAUAAUUAUUAAAGCAGUCGAUAUCAGUUAUAAAUCUAUUCUCUCCCAUUUUGAAGUUUCAUUUACAAAACUACCGUCACUUUCAAGUUAUAUAUAGCAAAACGCCAAGUCCUCUUCAACACUCAUUUCAUAGUCUGAUUUAUAACUUAUUUCAUUCAUCUUGAUUGACUAGUGCCCCGUUAAACGUAGAAGAUCAGAAGAGCAGUUAGACAAGAUUAAGACAAAGAAACAAAGAAAGUCGAUCUCACUGUAUAAACUUAAAGCCAUCAAGAUGAUUGGUGAGGGAGCGUUUGGGAAGGUGAGAGACUGUCAUAAGAAUCAAACAAUAAUCACAAACAAUUCGUAAUAUUAAUUUUCACAAAAUUUAGAGCAAUUUUCGGCGGAUCACCGCGCUACAGUGGCGAGUAUCUCGUGGUCAAAACCUAGCGAUUUAUCAAUUAUUUGAUUAAUUACUUAAAUAAGUCAUUAUCUAUUUAUUAAUUUCAAAACUCUUUUAAAGAAGUUGAAAGGCUUUGUUUACUUUCGUUUUUGCUAAGUGUACGCUCUUUUAAUUAACAAAUAAGCGAUUAAAGGUGAAUACGAUAUACACACUGUGUAGAAUUCCUUCUUUCUCCAACAAGUGGAUGAUAUCUGGGGCUAUUUUUUCGGGUCGGGAAGUAAUAUGACGUUCUUUGGAAACCCACCGGGUUUGAAAAUAUAUCUGUCAAUCUUUUUAUAGGUUCGUCUUUGUGAGGACCGUCGCACCAAGAGGCCAUACGCGGUAAAGCAGAUAAUUGAACCUGACCCAAGCAGUGUGGAAGAGAAAGUAUUGAGCCUAGCCUCGUCCAGUCCUUUCAUAACAAGACUUUGUGAAGAAGUUGAGAACCCGGUAUGAUACUUUUAAAAAUUGCACAAACAUUUUUCCUCCUUUUACCCCCGCUAUAAACGCCGAAACCCGCCCGCCCGCCCGCAGAUGUGGAAAAAAUGGCCGACCAAUUACAUUUACAGCAUUCCGACAUCUUGACGAACUUGCAGGAAAACAGGGGACUACAAACCCUCCGAAAGAUUAUGAAUUAUACCUGUGCUAUAAGACUUGAUUGAGACGUUUGUGGCCGAGCGUUUAACACCUCAAACUCUGGAUCUGAAGGUCCGAGGUUCAAGCCUCGCCAGUCGCGUUGUUUCCCAAGACAAGAAACUUAACCCCAUUUUGUUUCUUUUCACCCAGGUGUAUAAGUGGGUACCGGCGACAUACUGCUGGGGGGUAACCCUGCGAUGGACUAGCAUCCCAUCUAGGGGGGAGUGGCAAUACUCCUAGGCUUGCUUCAUGCUACGGAAACCGGUAUAAGCUCCGACCGUGUGGGUCUUUGGCUCGUGUGCGCCUUUACUUUUUACCUUUAUCGGCUCCACUGGACGUUUCUCUCUGUGCCUCAUUAUCUUUCUCAAUUUUGUUCACUAUAAGCCAAAAAGAAAAUAGUAUGUUAUGGGUCAACUAAUAGCUUCUUUGCAUUUUCAUAUUAUAGUACCCUGGCCAUUUCAUUAUACUAGAGUUCGUUGAAGGAGGAGACCUUUUCACUGAAUUGGAUGAGAAUGGAUGGCUCAGCGAAAAUCGGACGAGGUAAUCAUAAUUCCAUAUAAAAGUUUUCGAGCAACUGUUAAGAAAACAGUCUAUAACAAACGUCACAAUAAAAGAAAACACAACAGAAUGUAACACAUUUGGUCAAGUUUUGCUUUAAACCGAAUACCCAAUAACGCUUCAGUAAGACACGUUCCAUUAGUACUGGGUCGAAAUCAUCGUAAAUUAUUCUUGACUGACUCAUCGUUUAAUAACGACUGGUUCUAUCAAUUGAGUUCUACCCAAUACAUGUAACCUUAAAAUUAAACUGAGGAUGCAAAAACCAGUAAACAAAAAAAUUCUGUCAAAAAAAGUGAUAGAAACUUCACGCCUUCACCUCACAUACGCGGAUGUAUACAAAAAAUGUACCACCUAUGGACCAAUCCGAUGGACCGCUUCGUGAACCCGGUCCAUGGACUACCCCUGUGGACCACGCCUAAUUUUCGUAGAUGAAUUUAACCAGAGGUCUAAACACAUUUUUGGAACCUUAAAUGGACGAAAAUGUGGUCAGUUUUUAUUAUCAGUGGUAUGGGCUCCACAUAUUUUACACUCGCCUACUUUUUUUUCAAUUCCAUACCAAUUGGUUCCCUGCUAGCAGAGGUCUCUCACGGCGAGGCAAAAAUGAGAGAAAGGAGAGACCUCUGCUAGCAGGGAAACCAAUUGGAUGGGUUCGUUUUAGUCUGGUGAAGGAGUCAACAUAUUUUAGAGGGGCAGAAGUAGGGAGGAAGUAGUAUCCUAUGCAGUUUGUUUUGCGUUCCCGUUGUGUGAAAAUCGAAACAAAAACGGCUGUGUAUGAGACUAAGGACGAAAUAUUGUUUCUCCUCCCAGGCUAAACCAAACUCAUGAAUGGAAUUCAGGAAAAAUUUGAGCAAGUGUAUAAUAUGAGGACCCUUUAAUCCUGAUAAUACAGUUAAAAUUGACACAGUUUCAUCCAUUUAAGGUUCCUAAAUUUCGUUUAGACCUCUAGAUUUUAAAGAUUAAUCUUCAAAAAUUAAGGGUGACCUACCUAGAUGGUCCAUGGAGCUCAUUUAAUCUUGCUCAGUAGUGAGACGUAGUAUACAUACAUGUUUUACCUAAAACAUCCUAUUACUCGUCGUUUAUUUUAGGUUUUACACAGCUGAAAUCAUCACCGGCUUGCAAUUUCUACACCAAAAAGGUGUAAUACACAGGUGAGUAGAAAUUUGAAAACUAGCUGAAAUCCACACUUGAUGGGUGAUUUCGAUCGCUUGGCAAACUCAAGAUAAAAAAAGCAAUGAAUUGAGACCGUCGGACCUUCUCAGCCGUAAAUCACCUGACUGUACAAAGUAGGUAAUCGUUUGCUAGAUCAUUGUCUACCAUGACAGGGCCUGUCUCCUCCGAAGAGGCCUCUUGGUAUCGUAGGGAGGACUGGGGAGAGGGAAACAGAAAGUGAGCGGUGGACGAUGGGAAGGGGAAAGAGAGAAGGAAGGCCUCGCUCCCACUUUUCCCUCUUCCCGUCGUUCCCCGCACGCUUUGUAUUUUUCCAUUAUUGCUAUUUUGUUGGGAUACCCACCGGGAGCCUUUGCGGAGGAGAGAGUGACAGGGCUCAGCGUUCUGUAUAGUCCUUGCAUGGGUGAAGAAAGUUACCUUUAUACGAAUGAUGCAGCUAUUUGUCCCUUUUCCUCGAAGAUUAUGUCGCACCCGGCUUUUGGCUCAGUUUACUUAUAAAUCAAUGUCUUGAAUAUUUGUGCAAUUUGUUUUUAUCGUAUGACAGGGACUUGAAACCUGAAAACAUUUUGCUGACCAAAAAAGGAGACAUCAAAAUCAGUGAUUUUGGGUUGUCCGCUAUCAUCGAUCCAGUUAAACAGGAAAAGAUUAACAACGCAGAAAUUAUCGGGACACCUCGUUACAUGGCUCCUGAGGUAAACAGUGGAACUGUAGCGUUAGUUAAGGGGGACGAGUAUGGUUAAAAGCAUUAUUUAGGGGGGAAGAUGUUUAAACUUUUAGGAAAAUGGGAAAUUAUUGGAUUUUGGGGUUGUUAAAAAAUUAAAAUAUGAAGUGAAUAAUUAGUAGACAAUUACCAGAGAGUCCACCGCCAUAACAAGGUGCCUCUGAUCCCAUUAGUGGACUAACUGGUACGCCUAUUCUACCCUAAUCAACAUCAUCUCCCAAAAAACAAACAAUAAUGCCCCCUUAAGCCCUGUGAACCAAGUGUCUAAAUCAGUUUCUUGUGUAUCUACUUGGUCAAUAUCUAUUUUAUCCCAUAUCUAGGAUCCAUUUCAGAACCACCAUCCAAUAUAUCCCUUGGAAAAUUUAACAGGGUUCUAACAAGGACAGCCAAAUUAUAUUCUGUUAGGGUAGUUUCUGUUGUUUACUUACUGAAUCAGUGCUGAUAAUUAACGCUAAAACAAAUGUUUAUACAGGCUAUUAAAUAUGGUGUUUUCUUGUACGAGAUAUAUAUGUUACAGGUCAAAUUUGGUUUCAGGUUAAUUUUGAUUUGACAUAGCUUGGUUAAAUCUCAAUUUUCUUUGUAUCCCGCCCUAGUUCAUGAAUAAUUAGGGCUAGGAAACAAAGGAAAUAGAGAACUAACCUACGUCAAAUAAUUUUAACCUGGAUAUAAUUUUGACCUGUAACAUAUAUACUAAUGUUACCUACACUGGAAGAAGGAGGAGCUGCAUGUUCAGUUUCCACAAAGCUAACAAUACACGACAUGAUCCACUCACUAAAAAAUCGAAAACCUCGUAGUAAGAUCUUUUGCUUAGGAGAAGAUCGGCUUGUUUUCAUGGAAUAACAUCUUAUCGUGCUGAUGGUAGCUUAGUGCAAGGUGUUAUUUGUUGCAGAUUAUUUUACUUGACCCAUACGACGCAAGUGUGGAUUGGUGGGCUCUUGGAGUCAUGGUGUUUACGAUGCUUACUGGAAUGGUUUGUAUUUCAAAUGUUAUUUCAGUUAUUUUGUUCUUAACACGAAAAAGGUGAAACUGAACUUAGACUAUGAUGAUGGUAACCUACUUAGUUGACAAUGUUAUGCUUUGUGUUUACAUUUUAGAUGCCGUUUGAUGCUGAAUCGGAGGAUGAGUUAUUUGAUUUGAUCGUACAUCACUACCCACAGAAACCGGACAAAGUAACAAUGUCUGAGCUGUCCAUUGACGCCACUGAAUUAUUCCUACACGUAAGUGUCAAAUACAUAAAUCAUACAUGAAAUGUUAUAUUCCCUUCAUUUUUUACAUGUACCAAAAUUAUUUAUGCCAGUCGAUAACAAUAGAGGCAAGACUUAGUGAAAAAAUCCAAAGAUUGACUUGCUUCCCCCGGGGUAAUCCCCAUGACGGAUUAUACGGGGAGGCUCCGCCAGAAAGGGUUACCGUUUUUAGGAUUCAGGUAUAUUGAAGGCUAGAGAAAUCUUUUUUAUGUUCGAAUGAGUGAAGUACAAAUAUGACUAGACUAAAACUAGGUCAACGUUGACUUCUGUUACGAAGUAGCAUAAAAACAUAGCAUUUCAAUAAACAAAGAUCUCUGAGUUGAGAGUAAAUAGAUCUAAAUACCGAUAUUACAAGACAUAUCCCCUUUUUUGGAUGUUUUCAGUUACUAGAGAAAUAUCCGCAAGACCGUCUCGGGUAUAAAGGAGGCGAUUACCCCUGCAUCAGAGAUCAUGCUUUCUUUCACGGCUUUGACUGGAACAGACUGGAGGCGUUGGAACUCGACCGCCCACCUUAA